AUGCCCGAUAAGACGAUCCUUCUGGUUGAAGCCGAACUCGGUGGGGAGCUCCCGCCCAGCCAAUGGCAGCAGGGACGGCUGGUGGCCAUGGGAUUGUUCCGAUCCAAAUAUCUCGGCUCGCUGACAAGGUAUGAUGUGCCCGGGAAUUACGCCAAGGGCCUCCACUGCUGGAACGACAUGUGCCGGGACAACUGGGGUUUCGAAUUGGGCGGCAUCCACCAAUGCAAGGCUUUAGGAGGUUGCGGCGUGAUGAACGGAGCGCUGAUGCAGCUGACACAUCCAGCGAAUUUUGACUCCUGGCCGGAAGGCUGGCGGGCCCAGGAUUUGCAGUCUUUUGUGAGGAUGGCUCAGCGCGAUUUCCACAUCACCCAAACCCCCAGUGCUGAUGGGCGACACUACCUGAGCGAUGCCGGUGGCAAUUUCGUUCGGCGAGCUUUUGAAAAGUAUGGUGGGGCUGCUGGCGGCUUUGUGGAGGACAACACGACUCAGCCUCGUGGAGGUAUCUUUCACGUCCCACACGUCUCCGCAAAGGAUGGCGUGCGCCAGUCAACAGCUCAGAUGUGCCUGCUGCGGUUUCAAUACGGCUUGGGGCUCGUUUUACCUGAGGUUUUUCAUGUAAACUUUACCUGCAGGGGUAUCUGCAGGAGUAUCUGCAGGGGUAUCAAGAGUAUCUGCAGGUAUCUGCCGGAAGCCUUGAAGCGCCCCAAUUUCAAGCUCUUGAAGAUGAAGCGGGCGACAAAGAUUGAGACUGUGGCCGGCACGCAAGCCACGGGCGUGAGGGUCAAGGACGAAGAGACUGGCGAUGAGGACACCUUGCAGCUGAAGGACGGUGGGCUUGUGGUCGUGACAGCCGGUGCGAUCAACACACCACGUCUUCUCCUUCGCAGUGGCAUAACAGGUUAUGGGACCGUGGGCAAGACCAUCAAAGAUCACAGCCUGUGGCACCAGAUGUUCCGGUGCUGGCGUGACAAUGACCCAAAGACUUAUGGGGAAGUGACGGACCAGAUCAUGUCCCAGUACCUCCACGAUAGAAGUGGAGCCCUGGCGCAAUUCGGUCCAAUUUUAAUGGGCUUCUGGAAGGACCCGAGGACGUCUGGUGGCAACGACCAGUAUGAUGUCGAGUUCUUCCUGGGCCCCCAGGCAGAGGUAGGCCGGCUUGCACUCCAUGUGGCGCUUAUGCGAGACACUUGCUCCAACGCAGAGAUGGUUCUGAACCCGGACGGCACCAUCAAAUUGGAGGGAUCUCCGCGAAAUGCUUGUGCGCACGACAUCAUUACCAUGGAACAUGCGCUGGGCUGGCUGGAUCACAUGCUUGGUUCUGCAGGCUGCCACAAAGAAGGUGAAACCGAGCGCAGCUGGGCCUUCAACCACUGGGCCGGCUCCUGUGCCCUCGGGGCCUGCGUAGAUCCUCAGAGCUUGCGCGUUCGCGGCACCAUGAAUGUGGCCGUUGCGGAUGCUUCCAUCACGCCGACCACCAUUUGGGCCCACCCGGCACUGACUCUUAAAGGCAUUGCAUUUAAAGCGGCCGACGUGCUUGCAAAAUCCAUGCCUUAA